AUGGCAUUUUGCUUUGCUUUCUACUUACUCAUAAUCAACCUAUCAUUAGCAUUCGCAAACAGUGCAACCACAUCCAAUGAGGAAUGCAUCGAUGGCGCCACUGUUGCAUUAAGCUUUGGUUUGUACCAAAGCAGCUGCCCGGAGGCAGAACCAAUCAUCUUUGCAUGGAUUGAAAAGGCAGUGUCUGAUGACCCCAGGAUGGCAGCCUCUUUGCUUCGUUUACAUUUCCACGACUGCUUUGUUAAUGGAUGUGAUGCAUCUGUUUUACUGGAUGACACGCCAAAUUUCGUCGGAGAAAAAACUGCAGCUCCGAACCUGAACUCACUCAGAGGGUUUGAAGUGAUAGAUUCUAUCAAAACUGAUCUUGAGUUUGUCUGUCCUGAAACCGUCUCUUGUGCUGAUAUUCUGGCCAUUGCAGCUAGAGAUUCAGUAGUUCUGUCAGGUGGUUUAGGAUGGGAUGUGCAGAUGGGCAGGAAGGACAGCUUAACGGCUAGCAAAGAAUCCGCCAAUAACAACAUCCCUGGCCCAAACUCUGAUGUUGCUACCCUUGCUGCCAAGUUUCAGAACGUUGGGCUUACAUUGGAUGACAUGGUGACUCUCUCGGGUGCCCACACAUUAGGCAAAGCUCGAUGCUUCACAUUUAACUCUCGGCUAAAUGGCAAUAGCAAUGCAGAUGCGGACCCAAAUGUUAACUUGGAUUUCAUCCAAUCGCUGCAACAGCUAUGCACUCAAUCAAAUGCCAACACAACUCUAGCAGAUCUUGACUACAAGACUCCUUCGGUAUUCGAUAAUCAAUACUUCGUUAACCUACUUUCAGGGGAGGGUUUACUCACGUCUGACCAAGUUCUUGUCACUGGAGAUGAAGGAACUAGAGAACUUGUUGAAUCUUAUGUCGAUGACCCACUGGCCUUUCUUGAGGAGUUCAAGAAAUCAAUGCUGAGAAUGGGCAGUUUGCUGCCAGCUACAGGAGAAAAUGGUGAAAUUCGUAGGAAUUGUAGGCUCCCCAAUAACUUCAAUCAGUAAAUGGCCCUAUGUAAGC